AUGCUAACUUCCCUUUUGGCCAAGAGGGCAUCAUCCUUUUCCUUGACAGCUCGCCGUCACUUACUGUCAUUGGGAUCGGUGCCAUCCUCCAGAGGCAGCAGUUCCGUGGCAACCGAACUGCAAUACGGAUUUGGAUACAGAGCUUCUCUUGUUAGCGAAAGGACGCAUCUGGGUGCUACCAGCAAUCAUAAUAAUAAUUCUCCAGGGACUUUUGACGCCUUUCAAGACGAUCAGGCAUUUGGUGCCUAUGAUUAUGUACCAUCACAAGAUGACUAUGAUGAAUGGGAUAAGAUUGAACAGCAGCAAUUCAAACAAUCUGACAAUAGAGAAUUCACCCCAUUCAACAACAACAGCAAAGACAAUGACAUGGAGAUGGAACAGAAUAUUCAUGGAGCUGGAUGGGAAAUCCAAGGAGGAAAACAAAUGCAAUCGUCGUUUGUUCCAAUCAACAACAAUAAUGGCAAAGAAAAUAAAAAGAAAGCCACAUUUGUUCCACUGCAACAGGAUGUUGAUGCCGUCAACUCACAAACAACACAAUCACCAAAACCAGCUGAAACGACACAGGCACCGACAGCAGAACCGACCGCGAGUAAAGAAGCUGUGGAAAAAGUUCAGGUGGCCCAAGAUGAAGCAUUGCCCAAUCCACUUGCAUCAUCACCAUCAUCAUCAUCAUCAUCACAACCGGAAGAUACUCAGCGACAACAGCAACAACAACGAGCAUCUCGUGGUAUGAGCGUAUCCACGGACGCAGAUCGUAUGCAGGGACAGUUGGAGGUUGUACUGCAGAAAAUUGUACAAGAAACCAACAACCCAAAAUUCAAUCCAAACAGUCCACGACAAGUCUCGGAAGCACUCUUUGGCGUGCCCGGAGAAUCCACCAACAAGGAUGUACUCGAAGCAUUAGCAUGGUCGGGACAGAAAAAGGAAUUGGCCAAUUGGAUUCUACAGUACCGACAGAUAAACCGAGAAAUUACCAAAUUCAAAAAGCGACAAGCAAAAAAGGAAAGCGGAACCAUCGCCAAGAGUGUUUAUACCAUAGUCAAACCAACAAAACAACAACAGCAACAACCAGUCAAGGAUGCCGUUCCAACAAACGCUCCUGCUACUGGAGCAGCACUUCGAACAGCAGCUGACCCUUUGCUUCUUGUCGAUGCUUCAGCAUACAUCUUUCGAGCCUACUUUGCAUUCCCUCCGCUCCAUCGAGCCGAUGGAAUGCCCAUUGGAGCUCUCCUGGGCUUUUGCAACAUGCUCAACAAACUAGUCUUGAACGUGAUGAUGGAGGGCAAACAACCCAGAAUUGUGCUGGUCUUUGAUGCACCUGGAAAGACAUUUAGACAUGGAAUUUACGAACUCUACAAGGCAAACAGACCCGAAGCUCCCGUCGAUUUAAUUCCACAAUUUGCAUUGAUUCGACAAGCGGCAAAGGCCUAUGGGAUUGUACAGAUCGAGGCGCCAACUUACGAGGCCGAUGAUGUCAUUGCUACCCUCAGUCGAAUGGCGGUCGAGGAAGGAAUUGAUUGCAACAUCUUGAGCGGUGACAAGGAUUUGAUGCAGCUCGUUACAACUGCUGAUGACGCUGCGGCUCCCAGUGUGCAAAUGAUUGAUCCCAUGACCAUGAACAGAGUGACUCACGAUGAUGUCAUUGAAAAAUGGGGAGUCCCAGCCGACAAGCUUGGAGAUGUAUUGGCAUUGGCGGGAGAUUCCGCGGACAAUGUGCCUGGUGUUCCCGGAAUUGGUCCCAAGACUGCCGCGGAACUUAUCGGUUCCUAUGGAUCACUCGAAAAUUUGUUGAAGAACGCGGAGGAUGUGAAACAAAAGGGUCGGCGGGAAAAGCUUCAAGCCAAUGCAGACCAGGCACGGUUGUCAAGAGUCUUGGUCGAACUGGAAAGGAAUGUCCCCAUGGAGCAAAUGACCUUUCCAGAGGGGAUUGACACGGUUUCCGACUUGAGAAUGGAAUUGAUGAAUCCAGAGGAGCUUUCGGAGUUCUUUGGAGAAAUGGGCUUGAAAGAGCUCCGAUACCGUUUUGAGAGGAGACUGCAAGAGCAAAAAGGGAUCAAACUUGCCCCACAGACCAAAACAAGACCUAGCCGAUCCAGAAAGUGGGCACCCCGACCGAAAACAGAAAUACCCAAACCGGAAGACUAUAAAGAUGUCCCAUUCUAG